GCCAUUUCUAUUCAGAUUUUGAAAUUGCCCAGCCUCAUCGAGAGCUCACUCUGUAACUGACUAGGCGACUAUUCUGUUUGCAAAGAAAGAUUUUCUCGCAUUUUCCUUCACUUUCUCGGCAACCAACAGCUUUCCUGGAAAAUUUUCCAAUCAGGAGUAUUUUCAGUAAUACAUUGUUCGUAAUUUUGAAAGAUGAUGGUGUCGAAUGAUAAAAGUAAGAGAGAAGCGGAAGAGUUUUACGGAAGUCUUUCGAGGAAAGAGCUUCAGAGUAUGUGCAAGAAAUAUGGAUUGCCUGCUAGAAAGUCAACUUCUGAAAUGUCUAAUUCCUUGUUUUCUUACUUUCAGAAAAAGGAUUUGCAUUUAGAAUCCUUGAGGGAGAAUAUGAACGGGCUGCAAGGAGAUAGAUGUUCUCCAUCUCCAUUAACAACAUAUCAUGCUGAAGCUCCGUUAAAAUUGACAAGAAAUUUAAACCAAGAUAACUUUAGACCGCUAUCAAGUCCUAGAGAGGAACUUAACAAAGGAAGCACAUGCAACGAAUUGGAGAGUUUAUCGGGCGGUAGAGCUUAUAAUAAGGAAGACUUUGGUGGUUCAAUUGUUUAUUGUGAGGAUGCCCUGCGGUCUUUGUUCAAUUCUCAAGGUGAAGGGAAUGCUGUCUUCCAUAAGGAGACUCUCUCAAGCCUUAAUGGCAGGGUGGAAGAUUCAACCCAGUGUUGCUGUAGAAACAUAAACAAAGGCGUCUUUCCUGAAGAGAACAUCUCUUCUGCAAUAAGAACUUAUACUAAAGUUCCCGCCUCUUUUGAGUUCUAUGCCAGUUCAGACAAAGGAAUUAAUCUGUGUGUCGAUUUGAGUUCAAGCCCCUCAGACUGGAUUAAGAAGUACAAUAAUCAGAUUCCUUUUUGUAAUAAUGUGGCAAGUGCUAAGUCUCAUAGUCUUCAUCAAGAGCUUGGGCAUAUUGGAGAAAGUAUCAAACAUAUAAGAAGCAAUCUUUCCGUAAGCGUGGAUCGUGGUGAAAUCAAUGGUGACCAUGUACAAGAAGAACCAAGUUGGAUUUUCAAAAACAAUAAUAUAGGAUUUGAUCUUCCAGAUGCUGCAAAUAAAGCGUCACUGCAGUCACCGGCAAGGCGGUAUGCUGUUGCUCGUGCAUUAGACUGCUUAGAGAAAGACCAGGGACCUAUCUUAUCUAAACCUAGUUGUGAUGUGCAGAAGCAACUAAUUCCUUAUGCAGAAUCUUGCCGGAAAAUUGGGUCCACUUCUAGUUCUGAUGUGCACGAGGAAAUAAUUUUUAAUAUAGAAUCCUGCAUUAAAAUUCAAAAUCCAAAGCAUGAUGAUGAAGUUUGUGAUGAUUCAAACACACAGAACUGUGACAACCUUGAGAUUGAUUGUGUUCUGCCUCCUGAAUGCACGGCUAGGUGCUCUACAGAAAUGCAGUUGUCAGGAGCUUGGAGAUGCUGCAAAGACACUUCAUCUUCACCUUGUAAAAAUGGUGAAUUUUUGGAUAUGGAUGAUUCAAAGUAUAAUAUAGGAACUGAACAAGCUGCGGUAGCCACCACAAGUGAGAACGAUCACUUCAGAAGCUAUUUGCCUACAUGCUCCAAAGAACAGGAAUGGAGCAAUACUGCCAGUGGGCGGGAGAGUUCAGUAUGCUCGCAAGUUGACAACUUGGAUCAAAAGGCUUGUUUAAAAUCUGACAAUCUGGAACCAAAUGAAGAACUUAAGAAAAAGAGGCCAUUUACAGACAGUGAGGGUCAAUACAACUGCAGUAAGCAUGAUACAAAAGAUCUAAAAAGCAUGAAGCAUUCUACUGGAGAAGUUCUUCCCAGAAGGUCCACGCGGCUUGUCUUUAAGUGAGUUGGUGGAGUAACUGCUGGAAACCUUGUAGCAAAUGUUUGAUUGAUGUUUGACCACUUUGGGAUUUAAUCCAAGAUUUUGCUAGAUUAGAGAAUGUGUUCCAGAUUUUGCUAGCAAAUGGUAGCUGGACUAGCUAUGAUAACGAGGCAUUGUUGCCAGUCUAGCGACGGAGCCAAGAUUAUGACUCGGCAAAAUUUGUAAGUUGUUUUUAGGAUUUUAAUGGGAAAAUUAAGAAAAUUGACAAAUGAACAAGAAUAGGGAAUCGGUUUAGCUUCCUUACUUUUUAUUUUUUUCAAUUAUUUUGGGCCAAAUGACAUUGUUAUUACGCCUUAAAAAAUUGAAAAAAAUUAGAGACUGAACAGCAAUGUUGUUCAUCUCCUAAUAACAAAAGAAAAAAAAAGGUUACAGAAACGCUGCAAUUGAAGAAAAACAAUAAAGGUUCCACUGAUGGGAUGGGAGCAGUGGUUGCUUUCUUAGGGGGUGAUCUGAGCACUAGGAUAGGUCUUUGGCCGGCGGAGGGGCGGCCGCACACCCUCACCCCUACCUCUGCCCCUGAGCAUGUCAUCUUAUUAUUUGUUUCCUUAUGUUUGAGGUUAUGUAUUCUCUCGAGAUAAAAAUGCAUAGUGAAACUUUUGCAAGAACUUUGUAAAAGCCUUAAUAAUUUAUUUUCCUUCCAAACAGCAGAAAGCUGAGUAAUUUAAAGAUACAGCAAUCAAAGAAUAAUAGUUACUGAUGUUUGUGUGUAUUUUUUCUUUAAAUACAAUAAGAAUUGAUUUAUAUUUUUAUUGCA